AUGCAGCCCCCUCCUCGGACUGGACCUCCAGGAGCCUCAGGCCCACCUCCUUCUGGGCCCAAUAUGUUUCGCAGGACCAGGCCUCAAAAGCAUACAGCAGGAGCUACCGCCGCAAUGCCACCCGCUACUCAACCCAUGAUGAACCCUUUUGCUUUUGUUAGAGCUCCUCCCCCUAUGGCUGCAGGUGGUCCCCCAACAAUACCCAACAGCAACCCUCCACCAAUGCAAGCCCCACCUAACGCCAUGUACUUGCAAGCCGGCUCAGGGCUCCCCCCACAACCGCAGACUCUGGAGGAUGUCCCAGCUGCUCCCCCAGGUCCCCCACCAUCCUCUCUGCCGGGGGUGACACUGUUCAACCCUCACAGUACAGCAUCCCCUGGUGUUUACGCAGCACCCAGCCCAGCAGGAUAUGCUUCCUCACAUACUGAACAGAGCUAUUUUAAUUCAAUGGAACAGACUCCAUCCAUGGCCACGGAGCCCCCACACGUGGCCUCAGCGCCAGCACCGAGUCAGACACCUUUUAGCCAGGAAUUUCAAGGGCGGCCUCCUCCUCAGCCCUUCCAGCCUGUGCCUCCCCCCACCUCCUAUUCCCAGUGGGCCCCUGAUCACGGAAGUCGCCCUCCAUCAGUUCAGAACUAUUUCCAGCCUACUAGUGACCCACCGCCACAGCCUUUUAAUUUACCUCCGCAGACCCAGAUGUACCCCUCCCACACUCCAUCACCCCAUCACAACACCCCCACCCCUCCAACACAACCCGGACAUCCCCAGCUUCAGGCUCCUCUCCCUCUCCAUAGCCCUGUGAAUGCCUCCAGUUCUCAAUGGCCUGACCCAAAUGCACCUCAGCAGCAUAAUUCCCACUUCCAAACUCAGAGCUACUUCAGUCAGGGCUCUGCCCCCCAGGACUCAUGGUUCAGCAUGCCUCCACAGGACUCAGGCUACCACCAAAUGGGGACUGGCCUGGCCCAUCCUCAGCCCCACCCUGCCUCUGCUGCAUCUCAUGCCUCCAACACUGGGCCUGGGCCUAGUUCUGCUGCUGCCCCAGUCCCAUGCUUUCAGGAGUCUGGUUCACUCUCAAUGUUCUUCAAAGACAAUGAUGUGGAAAACGAAGAAACACUGGCUGGAGAUAGGAAUAAGGCAGUGAAUGGUGUUCCUGAUUCUUUUCAGCAUCACAGCAACCCACAAGCCCACAGUGGCCAUGCAGAUGUUCCUUUGGAUUACCAAGGACCUUCUCUGCAAGAUCAUUCACACCUACCAUACAUGCAUGAUGGCAACCAUGCACCACAGGCAAGUACCCAGAAGCCUCCUGAUUCGCAGUACGACCAUGUGGAGAAUUUGGAGUGUGUGCCGAACCAGGAAGUAUUACCCAGUGAUAUCCAUGGCAGCCCUGCUGCUACUGCAGCCCAUGGAGUAGACCAGUUUGAAACCGGGCCUAACCUGGAGACUCCAGAUUCUAUUCCAAGACCCAUUAGAUCUGCGAGUGUGUCAUCCAACUAUAGCAAUAUGAGCCAUGGAAGUGGAAGUGGCACUCGUCGGCAUCAGGGAGUAGUAGGUACCUUUAUUCAGCAGGAAAGUCCGCGUCUCACUGAUGACGCUAACCUGUCUGCUGCUACUCGAGGCUACUUUGAGCAGAUCGACACCUCUCCAGCCGGAGCUAUGGGUGCGCAACAGAGCCCCCCGGAGCAGAUGUGGCCCUCCACACCUAGCCCUCCCAAACCAACUGGUAUCUUUCAGGCCAGCGCAAACAGCUCGUUUGAACCUGUGCGCUCACAUGGGGUUGGGGUUCGUCCUGCGGAAGUUGAUAGAGCUAACAUGGUUGCGGAAGGGGUUGUGGAUUCUAUAACUGGCAACCUGGAGCAGCCACCAGAUAAUAUGGAAAACAUCUAUGGCCCAGGACACCCCCUGCCUGCUGGGGCUGGAGGUGGCGGUCCUCAUCUGCCACACCCAGUGGUUCAUUCUCGACCUUCAUCCCGUUCUUUUGGGGCCAGUCGGCCCUGCGAGAGCCCUGCCACUACUCUGUGGGCUCAGCAUGAUCCUUCCAGCUUAGGCGUUAACAUCCUCCUCGCCCCUGCUGCCCCGGCAGUUCUUGCCCCUUUACGAGAGCCCAGUGCUGAUGUCAUCCAACCUCCAGAGGAUGGCCCACUGAACCUGCAGCCCCUCCAGAGAAUCCAGACAACGGCACACUCGGAGAACCUAGAGAACCCACCAAUGGUGAGUGAGGCACAGCCAACUGACCCUCAAGGCAACCUGGGCUAUGCGUCGCUCCUUGUGUCCGACUCGGUCCAACAGCCUGUUUUAAUUGCCCCGCCAGUGUCUAAUUACAGUGUGAUUCCCCCCGCUACCCCUGCUCAAGCACUCAGUCAAAGUAGCCUUAGGGAAACUACCCCCCCUGUGAGGCCACUCACACAGGGACAGGGGGCCAGUACCUCCCAACCACCUCCAGUAACCUCUAAUCAGAAUCCAGUGUUUGCCCCUGGACCUCUAAGCUUCAAUUCUUCAGCCUCUAACCAGGGCCCGCUCAAUCUGACCCGAGACUACGCAGAAGCGGCAACAUCAGACGUCACAGCUCCAGCGCCGUCUCAGCCACUCCACCCCCCACUUUCAAGGGGCCAAUCAUUGGUUGGAGACGGCCACUCUCCUCUCCAAGUUAACCCACAGGCUCCUCUCGUGACUGCUCCGGUCUCUAAUCAUAAUCAGCCAUCAAAUUAUGAACUGCUUGAUUUUUCUAUGCACCAAUCACAAGUCCAAACCCAAGCGUCUCAACAUGAGUCUCCACAGUCUAGUAAUGGAUUUUACCUACAGGUUACCAAAGAUGCUCAGCAAGGGGUGAGAGCAAAAGGGAAUGUCCCUGUCCAGACCGCAGCCUCUUCAUCUACCCCACAGGUACCACCAGCAACUUCUCAAGCGGCUGCAAUCAUCCAGCCGCCACCAGCCGAACCUCCCAAGACAUCAGAUUCUCACGCUGCACUGCAGGGACAAAAUUAUGCUCCUCCUGUUCCGGUGAGUGGAGCACAACCUUCCCGUGACCAGUAUCCACCCCCAGCACAGGGGCCUGCUGCAGGGAGUGCUCCUCCUCCCGCUGAUGCUUACCCUCCGGGGCCUCGAGGACCAGCACCUCCAGGAGCUCCUGGAGAGCCACCUCGACCACCCUCCGCUGCAGGCAGCCAGCAAGGCUAUGGGCCCCCUCCUCCAGCGGCAGGGCAGAUGUAUGGCGGCUAUUAUGGUAAUUAUGGAGAAUACCCGGACAGCAGAGCACCUUAUCCUCCUGGCCAGUACCCACCUCCACCUGGGGAUCCUAGAGCUCAGCAAUAUUAUCAAGACGGUGCAUACCGGGGCAGAACAGAUCCUUGGUAUGGCAGAUAUGAAGGACAGACUCAGACAGCGUAUCGCGAUCCAAACUACCAGUACAGAGAGCCUCAGCCAGAACGACCCAGCUCCAGAGCGAGUCAGUACUCGGACAGGCCUUCAUCCAGGCAAGGCUUCCCUGAGGAGUACAACAGAGCAAACCAAAGUGCCUAUAGUGAAUAUUAUGCAGAUUACGCCAAGCAAUGUGAAUAUGCAGGAUACAACUACGGACAGUACGACCCGCGCUACAGAGGAUACUAUGAUCAGGCCUACUGGGCUAAUUAUGACGAAAGCUACAGAGGCAGAGAAAACUACUAUAACCAGCAGCAGGUGUAUCCAGCCAGGAAGGAGGGCUACGAGGAUCCGUGGCGGUACUAUCCAGGUUACGACGCCAGUUUUGACGAUGAUUACCGCCGGCGUGGAGAAGCGUACGCCGAUGAGUUUGACCGGCGCAGUGUCCACAGCGAGCAGUCGGCUCACAGUGUGCACAGCUCUCACAGCCACAACAGCAGACGAAGCAGCUUCAGCUCACGAUCUCAGCAGAGCCAGGUGUACAGAAGCCAGACGGACUUGACGUCAGCGGCCUAUGACGCCACAUCCUCCACUUUGGCUGUGGACUACUCGUAUGGACAGUACCCCGACCAGACUGAUGCUACCCAGAACUACAGCCAGUACCUCUACCCCCCUGAAUACAACGCAGACGGCACCUGGAUCGCAACAGACCAACCUCCUCCUCGUCCUGCAACCCCAGAGAAGUUCAGCAUUCCCCACCGUUGUGCCCGCUUCGGACCCGGCGGUCAUCUGGUCCAAGUUCUGCCCAAUCUCCCCUCGGCCGGGCAGCCUGCUCUCGUAGAUAUCCACAACAUGGAGACCAUGCUGCAGGACACCCCGGAACAGGCAGAACUACGAGCUUUCCCUGGCCCUCUUGUUAAGGAGGAGACCCACAAGGUGGACGUGAUAAAGUUCUCCCAGAACAAAGCGCUGGAGUCCUCUCGUGACAACAACCUCUUGGACCGGGACUCUGCCCGUCUGCUCUGGGAGUUCAUCAUGCUGCUCUGUAGACAGAACGGGACCGUGGUCGGCACGGACAUCGCUGACCUCUUGCUGAAGGAGCAUCGCUCCGUGUGGCUGCCGGGGAAAAGUCCUAAUGAGGCGAACUUGAUUGAUUUUAACAAUGAACCGCUGGCUCGAGCUGAGGAAGAGCCAGGAGCUGGACCGCUGUCGCUCCUCUCCGACACCUUCAUGAUUGUCCCGGAGAACCUCGGCAAGGAAACGGAACGCUUCAGGGAGCUGCUGCUGUUCGGCCGCAAGAAGGAUGCACUAGAAGCAGCUAUGAAGGGCGGGCUCUGGGGCCACGCCCUGCUGUUGGCCAGUAAGAUGGACAACAGGACACACGCACGUGUCAUGACGAGGUUCGCCAACAGUUUGCCCAUCAACGACCCUCUCCAGACUGUGUACCAGCUGAUGUCAGGGAGGAUGCCUGCAUCCGCCACUUGCUGCGGGGAGGAGAAGUGGGGUGACUGGCGCCCUCACCUGGCCAUGGUGCUGUCUAACCUCACACACACCCUGGACCUGGACACGCGCACAAUCACCACCAUGGGUGACACUCUCGCUUCCAAGGGGCUCAUCGACGCCGCACACUUCUGCUACCUGAUGGCCCAAGUUGGUCUGGGAGUUUACACAAAGAAGAGCGCUAAGAUGGUUCUGAUUGGCUCCAACCACAGUUUGCCCUUUUACCAAUGUGCGAGCAAUGACGCUAUCCAGAGGACGGAGGCGUACGAGUAUGCUCAGUCUCUGGGCUCCCAGCCGUGCUUACAACCCAAUUUCCAGGUGUUCAAGUUGAUCUACGCCUGCCGCCUGGCUGAAGCAGGUCUGAGUGCUCAGGCCUUCCACUACUGUGAAGUUAUUUCUCGGAAUGUCCUCAUGCAGCCUUCCUAUUACUCUCCUGUGUUCAUAAGCCAAAUUAUACAGAUGUCGGAAAAGCUGCGAUUCUUUGAUCCACAACUGAAGGAGAAGCCCGAGCAGGAGCUGUUCAAUGAGCCUGAAUGGCUGAUCCACCUCAGACAGCUGGAUGGACAGAUGAGGACGGGGAUGAUAACAUACAGUGAGGACCGAGCAAGUCCUUCACAGUACGACUGCAGCAGCCCCAGCUCCGACUUGGACCAGCCCAGCCCCUCCGAGCCGUACAACAUGCCUGUGGAGAUGGAUGGCUCCACUCCUGACAACCAACUGAUGAGCUCAUUACUGCCCGGGGCCCCUCCGCAGGGAGUGCAGCUGAUGCCUCCAGCUCCCACCUCUAUCCUCCAGGACGGGAUGGCCCCUCCGCAGCCUUUCCCCUCCAACGAUGUGCCCCAGUUCUACCCAGUCCCCCCCAGUGGCCCGCCAGGCCAGAUGCCCAUCUCAGGCUACCCUCCACAGGAUCCCGGCUUCGCCCCUCCUCCCUUCCAGCCUCAACCUGAGCAGAUAGAGAUGUACCCAGGAGCCCAUCAGCAGCCGUGUCCCCCGCCUCUCCAGAUGGGCCAAAUGGGCCAAAUGUCCCCACACAUGCCGCAUUCACCGAUACAGAUGAACCCCCCGCCGCUCCAGAUGCCUCACCACAUGCCCUCUUCUCCUGGGCACAUGCCACCUGUAGAGCAGAUGUCCCACGCCCCACCAGAGAUGCACCCAAUGUCUUCCUCCCCACCCGGGAGCUCCUUCACUCCCCAGAGGGACUUCUACGACCAAAUGGCGAUGGUUCCUGGGAGGAGAUCGAGGACUGUUUCACAAUCUUCAAUACAUGCUUCCGGGCGUCGCUCUCGCACCACCUCUGAAUCUUCCACUCCCACUCGGGUGGAAGAGGAGCGGAGCAACUCUGCAGUGAAGCAGGCCUCUCCGCCUCCACCGAUUCCUGAACAGCCCCGCAAAGAAGAGGCCAAGAGAGUCAAGAAGGACUCCCCGAAAAAGGGUGGUGGUGGUGGUGGAGGAGGAGUGGGGGGCUUGCUAAGCUGGAUCAUUAGGAAGGGGAAGAAUGAGGCUCACUUACCAGAUGACAAAAACAAAUCUAUUGUGUGGGAUGAACAGAAGCAGAGAUGGGUCGACUUGAACGAGCCUGAAGAGGAGAGUAAGCCAACUCCACCACCUCCCGCUGGCUUCCCCAAGAUGCCUCAGAUGCUCGUCGCACCGCCGACGGGGGGGCCUCCUGUCAACAUGUUCUCCAGGAGGGCAGGCACAAAGAGCCGAUACGUGGAUGUUCUGAACCCCAGUAGAAUUAAUAAACCGGGAGGAUUAGGUCCGGCUCCUGCAGACAUCUUCGCUCCUUUGGCACCGAUGCCCAUGCCCGCUAACCUAUUUGUGCCUAGUUCAGCUCCUGACGAUCAACAACCUCUCGAAGGCUGCGAAGGAGGAAAUCAGCUGCAGAAUUCACCAAACGCCUGCGCUGCUCCACAGAUGUUCAACCCCACGUUGUUGCCACCGGCCCCAGAAGGCCAUCCCGUGCCUGACGGCUCGCAGUCCGGGGAGCUCUCACGGUCUAGCUCAAUGAGUUCUUUAUCACGCGAAGUGAGUCAGCAUUUAAACCAGAGUCCUCCUGUCCAGGGGACGGCGCCCGCUGGAGGCGUCACCUUUUAUAACCCUGCACAGUUUGCACAGGUGAGCAUCGAAGGUUUAAUGGUUGUGUAAUGUGUGUUGGGGCCG